AUGUUGCGCGUCGUGCGCGGACCUCGUCCGCUUGCGUCUUCCGCCUGCCGGGGCUACGAUGUUCUACUGCGGUCUUCCCACGUGAACACACUCACAGCUCACGGCAAUGAGCUGCGUGUAUUGGUGCGCCAGCAACAGCUCAAGUCGCAGCUGCUCGGCCGCGCAAGUCGCCACGACCGCGCUCUGACCGCCACUAUGGGGCUCGUGUCGGGCGGAAUUAUAGCCACUUCGCUGCUUCACAAGCAAGAAGAGAGUGGUGACUUCAAGGGGCUCAUUAGGAAUUUGUAUGGGGACGCGGAGGACUUGUUCUACCGUGGCAAUGGACGACAAUUCGAUGAUCCGUGGUUUGAAGAUAACAACAAGAAGGCCGUGGCAUCGAUCAUUGCAGCCAACACUUUGGUCUUCGGACUGUGGCGCGUGUCGUUCCGCAACGCCAGACUGCAUCAGUUCAUGUGGAGGCACUUCGCCAGCUCGUACGACGCGGUGGUGUACGGCAAGCGGUUCCACACGUUGCUGACGUCGGCCUUCAGCCACAUCACGUUCCCGCAUUUCGGCAUCAACAUGUUCAUGUUGUGGGAGUUCGGGCCGCACGUGCUGUCGCCGAGCAACAACCAGUCGGGCGCGUGGUACAGUCGUGCCGUGGCGAAUUCGAGGUUUGCCGGGUUUGUCAGAGACAAUUACAACAGUUUCAGCCGCAGACCGGAGCUGCUGUCCAUUGAGAAGUUCAUGACGCUGUACUUCACUUCGGCUAUGACUUCGUCGGCGCUGAGUGCUUUGGUCUCGAAGCUCCGAAAAAACGGAGGAGUGUUCUCUAUUGGUGCGAGCGGCGCAGUGUCGGCUGUCUUCACGAUGUCGUGCCUUUUCUUCCCUGACCAGCGCCUUCUGCUUUACGGGAUCUUCGACAUGACAUCAGCGCAAAUGCUGCAGCUGUACACGGCACUCAACAUUGUUGGCGCAGCAUUCCAGCGCAACCUGCGCGUUGACUGCGUGGGCCACUUAGGCGGCCAGAGUGCUGGCUUCGCCUUCCACCAAGCUCCAUCAGGCAUCUAG